AUGACACCUGCCGCAGACGCGGUAGGCGCAGCGUCAUCGUCGGCGGGGAUCAGCGCGCAGUCGCUUGCACUGGUGCCUGCGCGCGCGCGCGGCGGAAGCGGGGGGAACUGGGGGGAGCUGAUGGCGGGGAGGAGGGCGGAGGAAGCGGCGGCAGUGGCAGCGGCGGUGGGGGAAGAGAGCGCGGAAGUGGUGAUGGGCAUUCUGUGGAAGUGGGUGAACCUGGGACGAGGCUGGGGCAUGCGGCUGUUCGUUCUGGAAGGGGUAAGUACGCGAUCUGGCGAUGGCGAUGAUGCCAGCACGACCUUUGAUGAGGACGAGGAGGACGAUGAAGAGGAUGACGAAGAAGAGGAGGCGGAAGGGGAGGAGGAAGCUGGGGGUGAUCAGGAGGCUGACAGCAGUGCGGUUACUAGUUCAGGUCACGGGCUGUUGAAGCGCAGUGGGAGCGACCUCAGGUCAAGGCAAAUUGGUAGCAGCGGCCGCAGGUCCGGGAGGGCUCGGAGCAAAGCUCGGCGCGCUGCCAAGGCCGACGUGUUGGCUCGGGACAAUGACGAGGACGAGGGAGGGUCGGGCAGCAGCGGCGGGCAGGAUGACGAGUUUUUCGAAGCCAUGGAUGAUUUCGUCAGCUCUGGGAGUGUGCUGACUGUGCUGGAUAUUCAGGAGGUGGGAUUCACGUACCCCAAGAUACCUCGAAGGGAGCGCCUGCCUCCGCCAGCGGAGGAGGAAAAGCCGGUCAGCAUCUGGUCGAUUCUCAAGGACCUGGUGGGCAAGGACCUGUUCAAGGUGUCGCUGCCUGUGAGCUUCAACGAGCCCAUCAGCACCAACCAGAAGUACUGCGAGACGUACGAGUACAGCUGGCUGCUCGACCGCGCAGCAGAAUACGGCCGCCGGGGCAACAAGCUUAUGAGGGCAGUGCACGUGGCAGCAUUCGCAGUGUCGCGCUACUCGGGCAACGCUGGGCGCAUGCACAAGCCCUUCAACCCGCUGCUGGGAGAGACGUUUGAGGCGGACUGCCCCGACAAGGGCUUCCGUUACGUCUCAGAGGCGGUGCUGCACUAUCCCCCCACGCUCGCAUGGAACUGUGAGGGCACGGGGUGGCGCAGCUGGGGGGACGCGUGCCUCAAGGUGCGCUUCUGGGGGCCGUCCGUGCAGCUCGACCCCGUCGGUGUGCUCUCCGUGGCAUUCGACGACGGGGAGGUCUUCGAGUGGAGCAACGUGACGGUGUCGAUUCAGAAUCUGAUUCUUGGGAAGCCAUUUGUGGACCAUUAUGGCACGAUGAGGAUCCGGGGGAACCGGGGGUUCUCGGCACGGCUGCGAUUCAAAGAGCGGUCGACUUUCGAUCGGAAUCCUCAUCAGGUCAGGGGCAUUGUUCAGAGUGAUGACGGGGAGGAAAAAGCCACCCUGGUGGGGCGGUGGGACCAGUUUCUGCACUUUGUGCCGGGGGAGCUGAGCAGCAAGUCGCAGAAGGAGGAGAGCGAGGUGUUGGCCACGGCACAGCUGCUGUGGCAGAAGUGCGCCCCCUCGCCCUUCCCCUGCAAGUACAAGUUCACGCCCUUCUGCAUCACCCUCAACGAGAUGACUCCAGGACUCAAGGAACACCUUCCCCCCACGGAUUCCCGUCUGCGGGAGGACCAGCGGGCGUUGGAAGAGGGAUACUAUGAUCGGGCGAUUCAGGAGAAGUCACGUCUGGAGCAGAAGCAACGCAAGGCGCUCAAGGCAGGCGAGCCGGGGUGGCACCCGCGAUGGUUCCAGCAGCAAGGGGGGCCGGGGAGCACGUGGACAUACGUGGGCGGGUACUGGGAGCGGCGAGGGGCGCACGACUGGUCGGGAAUUAAGGAUUUAUUUGCGGAUGAUGAGGAGGAGAACCGGCAGAAGGAGCAAAGGGGGAAGGAGCAGCGGGAGGAGGAGCAGCAGGAAAAGGAGCAGCGGGAGAAGGAGCAGAAGGAGAAGGAGCAGAAGGAGAAGGAGAAGAGGGAGAGAGAGCUGAAAGAAAAGGAGCAGAAGGAAAAAGAGCAGAAGGAGAAGAAGCAGAGGGAGAAGGAGCAGCAGGAGCAAUCUCGUCCUAUUCAUCAUGAUCCGCAGCAGCAGCAACAGCAGCAGGAGGAGGAGCAGGUGGGGAAGCGGGAGGAGAAGCAGGAGGAGCAGGAAGGGCAGGAGGAGGAGCAAGAGGGGCAGGAGGAGGAGCCGGAGGAGGAGCAGGAGGGGCAGGAGGAGGAGCAGGAGGGGCAGGAGGAGGAGCAGGAGGAGGAGCAGGAGUGGCAGGAGGAGCAGGAGGGGCAGGAGGAGGAGCAGGAGGGGCAGGAGGAGGAGCAGGAGGGGCAGGAGGAGGAGCAGGAGGGGCAGGAGGAGGAGCAGGAGGGGCAGGAGGAGGAGCAGGAGGGGCAGGAGUAG